CAAACCCUUUCAAGUUACAAGUAUUAGUUAACACUUUAAAAUAUUUUGUUACAAAAACACCCCUCAUGGAAUCACAAUUGCACCGACGUGACUACCUCCAUCCCGUUGGAGAACACAAAGAUGAAGCACAAACUCUGAAUGAUUCAGCAGUGGUUCGGAGCGGGCUAGUGGAGCCCACGGUUAUGGGCGCACCGGUGUUGGCGGAGGAUCUUUACGCCACGCAUUCGGACAUUCUCGACACGCCGGUGAGGUCGUUUGCGCAGUGGGAGGACGAGGAGAAGCGCGGUGCACCACCGCCACUCUCCCCCGUGUACGAAACUCAUCUCACCGACAUGCCUCAUGGUGGCCAUCAUACUUAUGGUGGAGAGGUAAAUAGGGAGCAAUUGAAGGGUAGUAUUGGAAAACACACUUUCUAUGAGGAAGAAAAGGAGGAGGAGAGACCACGGCCACCGUCUACCGGAGUUUUUGGAGCUCAUAUGACCCAUUUUGUUCCGGUAGGCGAUCGUGGGGAUGAAGAUUUCGAUAGGGAUGAACGGAUGGGUACCGGGAAACCGACUCGCAUGGAGGAGGAAAUGAGUGUCCCUAACCCGGCUACGGCAGGUUCCCUUCGUAGUACGGAUACAGGUGAGAAGGACGUAGGUAUCAACGAAGUCUUGCACUCCCUCAACAUAAUGAAGGUUUUCGACGAACACGAACAUGACACUAAACCUUUAGAAUCCGAUAAACACGAACCACACAAACCACACGAACCGAAAGCGUACACAGGAUCCCACGAUCAAUUCGCACCGGAACCUGUCGAAAACCCACCACUGGACACCAUCGCGGCCAACCCGUCUAACCCAAACAGCAGCUACACCCAAAGAAUAUCAUCCGCGACAUCCGCAAUAGCCGACAAAGCGUCCGCGGUCAAGGACUCAAUCGUCUCCAAACUAAGCUUGUCCGGUGAAGACAGAAGCGAUGCGAGUACCACAUCACCUAAAACCAACACGAAAUCGUCUUUUCCUACGGUUUUCUCGCAUAAAGUUGCGGAUACAUUGUCGAGUACAUUGGGUCCGGUUUAUGAGAAAGUGGCGGCAGCUGGAACUACGGCUUCGUCGAAAAUGCAGAGGCAUGGACACGAUGACACCACCGGAAGUCCGAAGACGGUGAAGGAGUACUUGGUGGAUACGUUUACGCCUGGGGAUGAUGAUAAGAUAUUGUCAGAGGCGAUAACGCGUGUUUUCCAAAUGGGAAACGGGAAACAACCACAAGAGGGAACAACAACAACAACUUAUGAAGUUGAAGUGAUGAGAGAUGAAGGAGAAAGGAGACUGCAAGAAUCUGGCAAUUGAAUUGCAUAUUGUGUGGAUGUUUUUUUGGUUUUGAAUGUUUGUUUUUGAAGUGUUGUUUGUUGGUUAUAUGAGAGAAAAUAAGUAUAUAUUUAUGUGUUGAAAGGGUUUCUAUAUGGUAUACAAAUAAUACAAUAAAGGGUUUGGGGGAGAUUUUGACUUU